CAUGAGGUAAACGCUUGUCAGAAAGUUCCAACGAAGCUCAGCCACAUCAACACCAUCCUCCUCCUCUUGUUUUUAAUCUCCCUCAACCACUUUCUCACACACUAUAAUCUCUUUUUUUAUUUCAAUACUCUUCACAAAAAUCCCCAACUUCCAACGCAAACACUAAUGUGAACCUAACACCACCGUCACCGCCGCAACAACCACCAUGGCUAAACCUAAACCAUCAUCACCACCGGCAACCGCAAUCCGCACCCUAAUUUACUACCUCUCCGAACACCCUUCCAUCGUCGAAUUCCGUUGGAGUCACACCCACUCAUGGGGCUCCACCUGGUCCUUCCUCUUCACCUCCAUAGCCACCUACCUCAUCCUCUCUCUCUUCCUCCAUCUCUCCCUCUCCCUCCUCUUCCCCAACCGCCGCCACAUCCCUCUCGGCCCCAUCCCCGCCGUCCACAGCCUCACCAUGUCCCUCAUCUCCGCAACAAUCUUCACCGGCACACUAAUCUCCGCCGUAUCCGAAAUCCGCGACACUCGCUGGUUCUGGCACCGUUCCAAAACCCCAUUCCAAUGGCUCCUCUGUUUCCCCUUAGGAACACGACCCUCCGGCCGUGUCUUCUUCUGGUCCUACAUUUACUACCUCUCCCGUUUCCUCCACAUGUUUCGAACAACCCUAACCAUCCUAAAACGCCGCAGGUUAUCUUUUUCCCAACUCAUAAACCACUCUGUCUCCACCUUUGUCUCAUUCCUCUGGCUCGAAUUCUCGCAAUCCUUUCAAGUCCUCGCGAUCCUGUUCGCGACCCUCGUUUACUCUCUGGUUUACGGUUACAGAUUCUGGACCGCAAUCGGACUUCGAUCGGCUUGUUUUCCAUUCAUCUUGAACUGUCAGAUUGUGUUGUUGGGGUGUAACGUGGCCUGUCAUGUUGGAGUUUUCUUGAUUCAUUUCUUUUUCAAAGGCGGGUGUAAUGGAAUUGGUGCUUGGGUUUUCAAUUCUGUUCUCAACACUGGUGUGCUUGUUAUCUUCAUCAAUUUUUAUGUGAGAAUCUACGUUGUUGGUAAGUUUAAGAGAAGAAAAGUUGAAGAAACUGAGUCCGUGGAUAAUUGUAAUGCGGUUUUAAAUUCGGGUAGGUUGAUGUUGCGACAAGAUUCUUAAUAUUGUGUUGCAGUUUGGACAACAUCAGAAGUUAUUAUGUUGCGGUCUAAAUGGUAAAAAAAUGUGUACCCUAAUAGAGCAAAGUGUAUAUGAUGAUAAGAAUAAGAAUAAUAUAAUAGUCAUUACUGGAAAUAGAAUCAUUCUUCAAUUGACAAUUUUUUUCUAUCAUAGUAGAAUUAGAGAAACAAGAGUAUGUUUUCGUUUUGAAAAAGGUGUAUAGUUAGUUUCUGUGAGCAUGUCAGGAUUAGUUGAGAAUAUUGUUGUGUUCCGUGAAUGAAAAUAUUGAUGGUAGUAAUGGUACCAAUUGAAGUAGGUAUGGAAGCAUUAACUACUUUAGUAAAGUGCGCUCCGUUGGUGUUUACGUAACCUUUAUUCAAGUUGAUUUGCUAAGCUAAGUAUAAGAGUAUCUAACAGAUUUUAAUUGGAAUAUGCCUUCCGUAAUUAUAUGUAAUCCAUUCAAAUUCAAUCAAA